AUGUCUCAUCCAAUCCUGUCAGAAUUCGAUAUAGUUUUCGCUGGAGGUGGUACUACAGCCUGUGUUGUUGCAGGUCGCUUAACUGCAUAUGAUCCCUCGCUGAAGAUCUUGAUUCUGGAAGCGGGUGAACACACCCUCAAUAAACCUAUUCACGUGCAACCCUACCAAUAUCCCUUUAACCAAGCACCGACGAGUACCACAGUCACAUUCAACAUCGGAAAUCCAUCUCCCUAUCUCAACGGCCGUGCACUGAUAGUCCCUUCCGCUCGUUGCGUUGGUGGAGGCUCAUGUGUGAAUUCUAUGGUAUACACUCGUGCACCUGCUUCAGACUAUGAUGAUUGGGGAGCCGAUGGCUGGGAAUCUAAAAAUUUGAUUUCCCUCAUGAAGAAGCUGGAGACAUAUGAAGUGCUGCCAGAUCGUCCGACUCACGGCUAUGAUGGACCUAUCAAGGUGUCCUCUGGUGGGUGUAAUAUAGGUAUCUCCGAAGAGUUUAUCCGGGUUGGCACAACCUAUCAUAAGAGGCAGUAUGCCGACGAUACCAAUGAUUUGGAAACAUGCAAUACAUAUAGUCCAUGGCAUAAGUAUAUAGAUGGGACAACCGGAAGGCGUUCGGAUGCCGCUCACCAUUAUGUCUAUAAUCAAGCUCACAACCCAAAUUUACAAGUCUGGGACGGAAAACGCGUGAAGCGUAUCAUCUUCGAGGACAAGCGUGCUGUAGGUGUCGAGUUCACCAGCGACACAGUGUCUUGCCCAGACGCGGAUCAGUCGUCGAGUAUUGUAAGAGCAUUGAAGCUUGUCGUUGUCUCUGGUGGGGCAUUCGGUUCCCCGGCCAUUCUGGAGAGGUCCGGGAUCGGUGCUGAGGCGGUUCUCAAGCGGUGCGGUAUCGAACCAUUGGUGAAUUUGCCUGGCGUCGGGGAAAAUUAUCGAGGACAGUCAGAUCACAAUAUCGCCUUUGUUCCAUACUUGGCUGCUGACGAGGUUGUCACUAUGGAUGCUCUCUGGUAUGGGGAGAGUAUCCUACAGGAAAGCCUUGCGCAAUGGAACAGCAGCGGCAAAUCAUUGAUUGCACAGAAUGGCAUCGAUUCAAAAAUCAAGUGGCGUCCUGAUGACGAGGAAUUGAAAGUCAUGGAUCCAGUUUUUCAACCACGCUGGAAGGAGUUCUUUCGGGACCGCCCAGACAAGGCCGUUGCACUAUUUGGUACUCUUGCGGGAUAUGCGUCACAGAUUCCGAGGCCUUCCUCGAGUAUCCUUCCUCCUCGCAACUACAUGAGCACCGGUUAUUACACACUUUACCCCAUGUCCGUCGGAAGCGUUCAUAUCAAUGUAACAGAGAACGACAAAGAAAGAAUGGACUUUACUACAGGCUUUCUAGACGAUCCAUCCGAUAUUGCCCCUCUUGACUUCGGGUACAAAAAGACACGCGAAAUAUUUCGACGCAUGGCUUCAUACAGAGGUGAAAUUGCUGCUGGACAUCCUAAUUUUCCAGAGGGAAGCGCUGCAGCCUGCAGAGAAGCGUCCGGGCCAGUUGACAUCGAUGCACCUGACAUUGUCUACACUGCCGAAGAUGACGAGGCGAUCAGUCGAUUCCACCGCAACGUCGUGCAACCGACAGGGCAUUCACUCGGGACUUGUGCCAUGAAAUCAGAGGCAGAUCAAGGAGUCGUCGACGCUCGGCUGAAUGUAUAUGGCGUGUCAAACCUCAAGGUCGCAGAUAUGUCCAUCUCGCCAUUGAACGUUGGCACGAACACAUAUUCGACGGCACUUCUCAUUGGAGAGCGGGCUGCAAUAAUCAUUGCCGAAGACUUGGGUAUCAAUUGCGUUUAGACAGACUUAUGUCGAUAAAUUUAUGGUGGUGCUCGGCCAAAAGUUCCACGUGAGCGUGCGUGGUCUCGAUCUUUGCCCUUUCGAGCCGGAUUGCUGCACGAACGGCGGUCGUGACAGUUAGCAAAGCAAAUGCGCGGAGUUUGUAUACGAGUCUAUUCUCGCGUGAACCGAUGGACUCGUCCCCCCUUCAACAGCGCACCAACGAAAAGCUCAUGGCUCACGAUGUUGAAUCUGCCCAAUGAUUCUGCAUUGCACUACCUAUGUAUAUAGGUAAGCCUGUUGAGAUGGUAGACACGAGCACUGAGCAUGACU